AUGGGAGAUGGAGCUGUACUGCUACAGGAAGAUGAUAAUGUGAUUGAACAGCCAGUUGGUGACUUUUCAAAGAAACUCAACACUCACCAGAGGAAAUACUCCACCAUCAAAAAGGAAUUACAGAGUUUGAUUCCACAACUGGAUGUGAUUUGGAGAAGUGUGCGCUGGAUUCCGGAUGUUUUGCACUAUGCCCGCUACAAACAUUCAUCUGGAGGCCUCCCCAUCACAUGGUUCAUCGGAUUCCCAGAGGAAACUCCUCAGGAGAAGGAUUCCACCUCUUCCCACCUGGACGAUCCACCUUCCCAAUCAUCCUCACCAGAAAACCAACAGAGGAAAGUUCAGAGUGGCUCCCAGCCCUGCUCUGACGAUGAUGCCUGUUCUGAGGUAUUCCUUCCCACUGACAGUGACUAUGAUUCGAGUGAUCCUCUGAGUCCCCGUGAGCUGCAGUCUUCUCCUGCUCCAUUCAGGAACCCAGGCAGUUGCCGAUUAAGUGGCAGUGCCCCAGAUGUUCUCCAGGUGAAUGAGCUGCGACUGAAAGGUGACUGUGAACAACUGAGCAGCUUCCGAGGAGUGAGUGAGCCUGCUUCAGACUGCAGCCAGGACCUGACCAGGGGAACAGUCAACAAGGUCUGCAUGGGGAAAGCACCAACAAACACCCGAUCUGUUAGUGAGACUCAGCCCAGAGUACCUCGGUAUCAGAAACAUCGGCACUUUAACCAGAACAAGUGGCUGUGUUUCCACCCAGAACCCGAGUGCCUCAGCCUGUCACUGGGGGUCUAUAAACACAGACCGGAGCCUGAACUAUCAUCCUCAAAAUCACCCUGUCUGGCCCAGGAUCUCAGCAUUGCUGAAAGCACCAGGAUAAGCCUCGAGGAAUCGAAAUCGAGUGACGGAGGAAUCAUGAUGGAUCUGAGUCAGAAAGACAGUUCCCAGGAAGAGUCUAGCACAUUGUCCUUGAGUAUCUGCAGCCCUCAGUCCCAGGGUGCUGAGCUUACAGACCUGGAGACUGACUGUGACGCACUGGGUGACACUCAGGGCUCGGAUGUAGUCAGCAGUGUUCUGUAGGGAGUUACUGCAAAAAAAACAAUCAGCAGACACAUUGCCUGUGGAUUACUGACCCUGUACCCCCUGGAUGUUUCCCUGGUUUGCCAGCACAGGAUUGGCUAGAAUUGGUCUAAAGACACUGGAUGAUGAUGAUGGUGGUGCAGGGACUUUUAUUGAGACAGGAGGGGAGGGAGAAUAGUCAGUCAGUGUCCUCACCUCUUCAUGUAUGGAUGUUGGAUAAGAGUACGUUCAGCCCCCCGCUGUGAUGUUUCCACAGCCUCUACCUGGGCUCACACUCCAUUGAAAUUCAGUGCUUUUGGGAUGGAAUUAAGUAUUGAGGGGGGGAAAGGGUAUGAGGGCAGUACCGGGGAAGCAUU